AUGUCGCAUUCACACGACGGAGUCAGCCACUCCCACUCUCACGAGGGCGUCUCAGCUGUAGAGCACGGCCACUCGCACGAGAUCCUCGAUGGGCCCGGCAGCUAUCUGGGCAGAGAAAUGCCCAUCGUCGAGGGCCGCGACUGGAACGAACGGGCCUUCACAGUCGGCAUUGGAGGGCCUGUCGGGUCCGGCAAGACAGCCCUCAUGCUCGCCCUGUGCCUCGCCCUGCGCGACCGCCUCUCCCUCGCCGCCGUCACCAACGACAUAUUUACGCGCGAGGACGCCGAGUUCCUCACGCGCCACGCCGCUCUGCCCCCGAGCCGCAUCCGUGCCAUCGAGACGGGCGGCUGCCCCCACGCCGCCGUCCGCGAGGACAUCAGCGCCAACCUCGCCGCCCUCGAGGACCUGCACCGCGCCUUCUCGACCGACCUGCUGCUCAUAGAGUCCGGCGGCGACAACCUGGCCGCCAAUUACAGCCGUGAGCUCGCCGACUUUAUCAUCUACGUCAUCGACGUGAGCGGCGGCGACAAGGUGCCGCGCAAGGGCGGACCCGGUAUCACCCAGAGCGACUUGCUCGUCGUCAACAAGACCGACCUGGCCGAGGCCGUCGGUGCCGACCUCGGCGUAAUGGAGAGGGAUGCGCGCAAGAUGCGCGAGGGCGGCCCUACCGUGUUUGCACAGGUCAAGAAGAACGUUGCCGUCGAUCACAUUGUCAACCUGAUCCUGAGCGCUUGGAAAGCAAGUGGCGCCGAGGAGGUAUGCAAGGCCCGUGGCGGGCCGAGGGCGACGGAGGGGCUGGAAGAGCUCAGACCUGGAACGACCAACUGA